AUGGCCAACAUCCAGGCCCGAGCGUACGCCUCACUGACGCAGGCACAACUCCAGCCAGCCACUUUUGAAAGAGCGUACCAGCUCUCAAUUUUGGAACUCAUCCGGCGUGAACUGCAUACAAUGCUCUCAGCCAACGAUAUCGACACUCUGGAGCAGCAUCUCAUCGACCCACUCGUAAAUUUCUACACCAAUCCAGCGAACGACCAAGGUCAUCUACACCUCGCCGCCAAUCAAGCCGUGACAGUGUUUCAAUGGCCUGUACUAGGAAAUCAAAGCAAACGGAGCUACCCCAUGUUCAACGUCUAUGAUCUCCUCGCCGUCGCCCACACCAUCUUCACGAAAAGGUACGGAUUUCUCCCCAUAAGCGCCGGCACCCGUGCAAACAAACCAAUCGACAAACCCAUCCCCUUCGCUCAAAUCCCCAAAGCCGGCAAAGAAGACUUCUCCCCCAUCAACAUCGUUCAAAUCCUCGAAUCCCUCCGCAACUGCUGCAACGCCUUCUCCUAUCCCCGAAACGGCGGUAAGCCCCGCACUCAAAGCAUGCCCGCUAUGGCCGGCUAUUCCAUGCCGACACGCUCGUCCGCCGCGCGGCCCAUGUUCCCCUCCUUCGGCGUUGUCACCGCCGGGACACCUCAGCAGAAGGCAGAAAUCAUCACCGCGCGACUCGCCCGCUUCAGUCAAGCUGUCAGAGAUAUUGCGGCAAACCCUGGCGGGGCGGCGCAAGCAGCGGCGGUUGCGAAUUGGGUAUGUGGGAACUGCGCGGAGCAGGCGUACUGGCCGAUUCCGGGGGACGAGUUGACGGAUUAUGAGGGGAUCACGAUUAUUAUUAGAAAUUUUGGCGGCGUGGAUAAGAUUGCUCCGGGAAGGUCAGCGCAGAAUUGUGAGAAUUGUAAGUUGUUGAGUCAGCAGUUGGUGAGGGAGGGGUUUAUUAUGAAGGAUAUUGCGGCUUUCGGAAGGCCGUAG